AUGCCUAACAGGGAAGUGAAGCGGCGCCCGGGAGAAAUAGAUGACGUUUAUUUCUGUGACACCAUGAGGAGGGAGCUCCAGCUGCUAGCAGAUGAGUACAAAAAGAAGUCGCGACGGAAGUUCUUUUUAAAGUGCAUCCUGAAGACGGAGCUCCUCGUCGUGACCAUUUUUUUGGCGCCCCUCUUGGCGUGCCUGGUGUUUCUCAAGGACAACGACAUAAUCAGUUCGCACUACCUGACUGCCCUGUUCGUGCUCAUAACGCUGCUGCUGCUUCUGUUCGUCUUUCUGUACAACGAAAUUGAGGAUGCCCAAAAAAACGAAUUCUUGCGAAAAAUAAACGAAGCCGCGAAGUUGCUGUCGCCAAGGAACAUCCCCAAAAAGAAGAAGGAAGACGACUGCCAUUUGAGUUACUUGUCUAACUCUCAUUUUAUUUUUAUUAAGAGGAACGGGAGAUGGGAGCUGCUGCCGACGAACCUGCUCAUCCAGCAGGACCUCUUCCUGCUGCGCGCCGGGGACCUCAUCCCCUGCAGCUGCGUGGAGUACAACCUGGAGGAGAGCGCGUACGGGCGGCGCUACGAAAAGUACGAGGUGUUCAUGCCCAUGGACAAGGACCACAUCAGCAUGAACCUGCUGACGAGGCACGGGAGAGAGGACAAGAGGGACUACCUGCCCUCCUUCCACCUGUACUCAUUUGUGGCUCAAGAAGAUGUCUCCAUAAGCACCAUCAAGAGAUAUAUGCAAAACUCCACGGACGAGAGCAAAAUUUCGAAGCAUAAGGGCAACUUGAGGAACGUCAUAUUGACCGAGAAGAUACACACGUUUUACCUGUGCACCUGGGUGGUUCUGUUUUUGCUGUGCGGCGCGGCGGCGGCGGUGUACUUCGCCGACAUGAAGAGCCACGGGGAGGAGGUCCCCCACUUCGUCAUCAUGUACUUCCUGCUCUACAGCGUGCUGAUGUCGCUCACGAUGCUGCCCUUUUUCCACAGAAUCUUCUCGGAGCUGAUACACGGAUACUGCUCCUCCCUGAACCUGGUCUACGAGAGCUACUUCAAAGACGAGAUGAACUGCGAGCGGAACUUCUCCUCCUCGUUUGACUUCUCCACGACAACGGAAGACACCUCCUACGCGGACAAGAAGCGCUUCGGCUUGUUCUACACCCUGAAGAGCAUAUUCUUUCUAAUCAUCAGGGGCAUCAAGAUCGACAAGUGCUACCUGAACAUCCUGAGCGACUGCUCCGUGCUGUGCUUCCUGGACAGCAGCGGACUGCUAAUCGACAGCAACCACAGCAUCAAGGAGAUCUGCCUGUACAACCACCUGAACACGAAGAAGGAGGCCCCGCUCAGCUCCACCGUGACGAAGGGGGCGCCCACUCACCACAACUACAUCCUCACCGUCAUCGACAUCCUCAUGGACAACAAGAGCAUGUACGCCUACCAGAGGAUUAAGAACCGAAAAAUCCUCCACGCCCUCUUCUUGCUCUCCUACUACACCCAGCUGCCCAAGUACAUCAGGCUGCUGGACGAGUUCCAAAACAACAUCGUGAGCUACAUGAACCAGGUGGACUACAGCCACCUCUUCAUUUGCCUCUGCGACAUCGGCAACCUCUCCUACCCGUACAACAAGCUCUUCCUCUGCGUGGAAAACAAAAGCAACUACGAGCUGUACAAGAAGAAGAGCAGCGAGUUGAAGAAGCACAAGAAGGGCGUAGCGGACGGCGGCGAGCUGAAGAAGCGCGAGAAGGUCGAGGCGAACGGAGGCGAGCUACCAUACCACGUGCACGAGCACGGCGAGAAGGGCCACGCCCUGGGCAUCAACAUCUACGACGCGGUCACGUCCAGAGACAACUUCGUGUUCGCCUUCAUCCUCUGCGAGAAGAAGAAGGACAAGUACCACCUCUUCCUGAAGGGACAACUGGACGCCCUCGUGAACAAGUGCAUGUUUUACUACGACGGGAAGGCCAUGAAGCGGCUGAAGCGGCGGAAGAAGAAGGUGCUCCGCAUCCUGAACAUGCAGUGGAUUUCCUCGGGAAUCGAAAGCAUAUGCUUUGCGUACCGACCCCUGAGCACAGAGGAGAGGAACUACAUGAAGGACCACUUCCAAAAAAAUAUUUACAUCCUGACGAUCGACAAGCGGAAGGUCUACCACCUGCGGAACUUUAACAAUGAGAGCCCCUUCCCCGCGAAGGCGAAUGAGAAGUUCCUGUCCCACCUGCUGUCCACCAGCAUCUUCAUCGGCAACUCCGCAGUGAAGCUCAUGACGAACAGCGAAAUUCAGACGAGGAUAAACGACUUUUACAAUGCAGGAAUCCGCUUCGUACAUUUCAGCAAAACGGACCAAGCCAACACGCGGAACGUGUCGAACCUGUUGGGCAUGGAGACCAACUGGAACACGUCCAUCUCGCUGAGUCUCAACGAUAAGUCCAGCUUCAAAAACAGGGACGGGAAGGUCGUCAUCCCGAGCGGCAUCAACAACAUCAAGACGCACAUUCAGGAGGUGGACGACAUCCCGCUGAGGGUCUCCUCCUACUCAGGCUGCAACCAGUUCAACACGGCCGAGAUGAUCAAAAUUUUGCUGGAUAACAACGAAAUCAUCACCUGCGUCGGGAACAGCCUCAACUGCUGCAAUUUCGAGAUGUACAGUCUGUGCAAUUACGCCGUGUCCAUUCUGCUACCGUAUAAUAAUGCGUGUAAAGAUUGCCAGGGGAAAAGGGAGAGGAACACCCCAUUUGAUGAGUUGUCUACGAAGCAGAACCCCAUCAUUGCGUAUGCCUCCUUUGUUAAUACGCUACCGUGCAAUUUGAUAGUGGAGAAGCGUCGCCUGGACCUGUCCGAAAACAUAAUGGAGCUCGUGUACAAGCUGCUGAAGAGCUCACGGAUCCACAAGAAGAACGUCUCGCUGACGAUUUUUUUUUUUUAUUUCUACUACUCCCAGUUGUCCUUUCUGCUCUUCAUCAUUUCGGUGUUCUUUUUGCCCCCCCUGAUCUCGGUGAUGGACUACCUCCUGUUCAUCCUGCUGAUCAUCCCCCUGCUGUCAAUCGCCCUCCUGGGCAACGACAACAACGGCACCAUCAUGAAUGAAAUCCCCGACAGGGUCAUCACGCGCGAGUUCCUGCUGAAGAGGCUGCUCUUCUACCUCAUCCGGUGGAUCCCCUUCCUACUCUUCUGCAUCACGUUGCCCGUCUACUAUGUAAAGCUCAUUAACAAGGAGUUUGCCAGCAGGUUCGAACCCCUCUACAAGCUCAGCUGCGUGCAGAACUCCAAGACGUAUUUCUCCUGCCUGUUUAUCUUCCUCAUUUUGAGCCUCCUGUACGUGGCCCUCCGCGUCUACAUGCUCCCCCCCUACUACGCAGUUCAGCUUCCCGAUGCGACUCUCGGCAUACUUACAGUCAUCUUCAGCCUCAUCAUAUUGGCGACGAACGAGACGUUGAAGCGCGUCGAGGCAAGGAUCAAAACGAACAGGCAGAAAUAUUUGAAGGUUUUGUUUGGGACUCGCCUGGGCAUGUGGAGCCCCAAGUGA